AUAUUAAGGAGUGAGAGUCUAGGGUUUUCUGUCAGCAGCCGAGAGUAGUAGUUUGUGGCUUCGGGGGUGAUCGAAGGAGGUUCGGCAAUGGUGGAAAAGAGCAGCAAAGGACGAAAGGAAGAGGUGGUCUCAAGGGAGUACACCAUCAACCUCCACAAACGCUUACAUGGAUGCACAUUUAAGAAGAAGGCUCCAAAUGCAAUAAAGGAAAUCAGGAAAUUUGCCCAGAAGGCAAUGGGUACAACUGACGUCCGAGUGGAUGUCAAGCUCAAUAAGCAAAUUUGGAGUCGCGGCAUCAGGAGUGUGCCAAGGAGAAUUCGAGUCCGCAUUGCACGGAAGAGAAAUGAUGAAGAAGAUGCCAAGGAGGAGCUCUAUUCAUUAGUCACUGUUGCAGAGAUCCCUCCAGAGGGAUUGAAGGGGUUGGGCACCAAGCUGGUUGACGAAGAGGACUAAGUACUUGGUUGAGUAAUUCCAAUUUUGUCAAAUUCAUCUUUGUUUUUCUUUUGUUGUUCAACUUAGGAUCGUGUCAGAAUUUUUCCCAUUUGCACAUUCAAGACUUCGUAUAUUUGUUUCUGUUUCCCGUACUCAUUUAAAAGUAUAUGGAGUCUCAGUUUAAAAACCA